UUGUGCACUUACCCGCCCAUCAUGAAUUGUGUCUCAAAGUAGUUGAACUUGUUCAUCGAACUGAGUUCUCGUCAGAUUUCUUUGAAUCCGUUUCGACUACGAACUAUCAGCAUCUGUUUUAAAAGGUUUGAAUUCGUUCUUUGGAAAUGCGGCGUGAGUCGGAUCAUAAGGAUUCAAAAUACAUCCAUGGAGAAGUAUUCAGUAAAUUUAAAAAUGUUCUGGAUGCUUCUGAUGAUGAAUUCAAAGUAAUCCACAGAAACUCUCACGAGGAUAUUGACUUAAUGGAAAAGAAAGUUAGAAAUGGAUUUUCUACUGAUGAAACUCGCCUCUCAACUCUGUUGGAUAGAUUCCACGCCAGACUGGGUUCUAAACCUAAUAAUGAUAUCCGUCACAAAAUAAACCAAUUAGCACUGAGACUUUCAGAGAUCGAUUGCCGUAGUUGUUCUAUCCACAGGAUCAAAAAUCGUGUUCUUGCAUACAAAGAAUACCGAGAUAAUCUAAAAACAUUGAUUACCUCUUUAGAGAAUUCAUACAAUUCAUUAAGGACAAUUAUUAUGGAGGUCGAUGAGAUGGAAAGGAAUUUAAUAAGGUUUUCUAGUGAUUGGCGUCUCUCUCAAGAAAGCGUGCUAUCAGAUAUGCGUUCCAUGCAACAUAUUAAAGAAAAGUAUUUAAAUUUAUCGAAAUCCCUAAGUGAAUCAGAUCGUCAAUUAAGUGACUUAUUGUCAUCCGUUGAAAAAGCACCUGAUCAGCGUCUUCUGAUGUCAUGGAAGAAAGUGUGUUCUGUUUGUCUAUUCAAUUUACCAAUCCUUCUUACUAGGAAAUUGAGGAAAUCAAAGAACGAAAGACAAUAUUAUCUAAUCGUGUGGACCAGUACAUGGGGAUUGAUAUCGAUACGACAAAAGCCGAAAAACAAUUAAGCGAUGCUCUUUCUCAAAUGGCAUCAGUAGACUCACAGUUACAGAAAAUUAUGGGCUUCAACGCAUGGAAUUAGAGCCCAUUCCUCAACAGAAAGCACUUUCACCUCUAAAGCUUAUUAUGCCUUGUGUAUUUCACUGAUCACAUGGGUAAAAGCAUUCAUUGCCAAACGGAACAGCACGACCUCUUAACUUUUUGUCGGCAUAAAUUUAUACUGUUAAUUUACUUAUAAGAAGAUUUUAAUCUCAAACAUUCUUGUAAUUCUACUUUUAUGUACAUACACAUGUCAUAACUUUUGUUCCGGAAAGGCGUAACGACAGGAAUUUAAGUGGUCUCGUGAUUCUUGAUCAUAAUCAAAUUUUUGACAUAGUUAUGAGGAGCUAAUUCUUACGUAGGUUAUAGUUUUGGUUUUUAUGUAUUGUAGUUCCAAUGAAUUUUGAUAAACUCGUAUGUGAAAACACUGAUCUCUUCGAAAUUGGUUGCACUGGAACUGACGAUUCUCUUCUUUGACAUCUAGCUUAUGAACGUAAUACCAUUUUGUAUUUUUCAUUUUGACACUACCUAUUCUUUCUUGUGAGAUUCCAUUAUACUGGUAACGUUUUUGCCUAUCUGUUGGUUACCAUUGUAAAGUAUGAUACUAAAUUAUAGAGCAUAUAUCAAACUUGAGCAGAAUUGCUUUGUUCAGGGUUACCAUCAUUUUGGUUUUCCUCAGCUGAAUGAAUCUUGCGGAUUAUUCCACAAUAAUAUCUAUGUAGUUCUGUCUUGGAUGCCUAAGUUAUUUGAUAGUAUUUAAACAA